UUGAUGUCCCGUUGUCUCCCGUGUGUCCAGGUGGACGUGAAAGACCCUCGUUUCCAGGCCAUGUUCACCUCGCACCUGUUCAACCUGGACCCGUCCCACCCCGACUACAAGAAGACCAGGGCCACGCAGAGCCUGCAGGCCGAGAAGCAGCGCCGCCGGGCGGACCAGCAGCGCCGCGUGGAGGACGCGCUCGGCGCCGAGACGGACACGCCCGCCGGGGCCGGCAAGAGACGGGAGACGGACUCCGACCCGCCGACGGCUGCAAAGACAUCGAUGGACCCCGGUCUGUCUCUGCUCAUCAAGUCGGUCAAAAGCAAAACGGAGCAGUUUCAGGCUCGGAAGAGACAGAAGUUCCUGUAGGUCUGACUCAGAAAAACUACAAAGAUGGCCGAGGCCGUCCCCACCCCCCACCCCCCCCAUCAGCUCGGCUGCUUAUUUUUUAUGUGUGUGUAUAGAAAUACCGCGAGGUGAGGGAUGUGUGACGUGUCUCCAAACUUAUAUUUUAAAGGUAAGAGCAGGAGACGAGUUGUAAUGGAGGGAAGAGGGUUUUUCUCCACUUUUUCCCCCUUUCUCGUCACUUUUUUCCAACAAGUUUGUUCAUCUCUGGUGACAUUUUUGACGUUUUUGAUGUAUUUUUUGUCGCCUUUCCUGAUUUUUUUUUUCUCUCACUUAUUUCCAACUUUUUGUCCCUUUUUUCUAACAACUUUUUGUCGUCUUUGGCGACGAUUUUGAUGAUUUUUGUCAUUUUUCCUCUUUUUUUUUGGGUAAUUUUGUCUGGGUUUUUUUCUCACUUCUUUCCAAUUUUUUUCUCACUUCUGAUGAUUUUUUUGUCACUUUUUCCGGGGUUUUUUUCAGCGUAAAAAAACAUGUCGAUGUGAUGAAAAUGGGUUAAUAUCUCGUUGUCAACCUCGCUUCGUUAGGAAAGAUGCGUCAUUUGUGAUUGCUCAAAUUUAUUAAACCCAGAGCACAGAUUAUGAAGUUGUUUUUUGUGUCAAAAUCAUUUUUUUUUGUUGCUUUUUCUGAUGAUUUAUUUCCAACUUUUUGUCACUUUUUUUCCAACACGUGUUUGAUGUUUUUUUUUGUAAUUUUUUCUUCUUUUGUCGCUUUUUCUGAUGUUUUUUUGUAAUUUUUUCCACUUCUUUUGUCGCUUUUUCUGAUGUUUUUUUUUCUGCUUUCCUAUUUUUCCAACACUUUUUUUUUUCCAUC